GGGCCGCCAUGACCAGAUCUAUUGAGAUACUUGUUGCAUUCUUCGAAUAUUAUGCACAGAGAGCGCAACUCGAGACCACUUCAACAAGCUCCCCGCAAGCGAAAUCCCCAGCUGGGAGCAGCGCUGGAGCUGCUGCAGGCGCGUCUACUGCUGCCGGAGAACGGACCCCAACUGCGCAAAAUAAACAGCUGCAAAAUGUCAAGGGACAAGAACAUCCACCGCAUCCUUCCGUAGAAGAGAACCGGUCCAUUUCGCUGGUGGACAUGUACAUUGACAAUUCUGAACCCUCGGAGAACGUCGGCCAGAUCCACUUCAGCUUGGAGUACGACUUCCAGAAUACUACCCUCAUCUUGAGGAUCAUACAGGGGAAGGAACUGCCCGCCAAAGAUCUUAGUGGUACCUCCGAUCCGUACGUGCGGGUAACCCUGCUGCCAGAUAAGAAACACCGACUGGAGACCAAGAUCAAGAGGCGCACGCUGAACCCCAGGUGGAAUGAAACCUUCUACUUCGAAGGUUUCCCGAUACAGAAGCUGCAGAGUCGGGUUCUCCAUCUGCACGUAUUCGAUUACGACCGGUUCUCAAGAGACGACUCUAUUGGUGAAGUAUUUCUCCCCUUGUGCCAGGUGGACUUAAGCGAAAAGCCAUCGUUCUGGAAGGCCCUGAAACCACCGGCGAAGGAUAAAUGCGGGGAGCUGCUGACGUCACUCUGCUACCACCCCAGCAACAGCGUUCUCACCCUCACCCUGCUGAAGGCAAGGAACCUCAAAGCCAAAGACAUUAAUGGAAAAUCAGAUCCUUACGUAAAAGUAUGGCUGCAGUUCGGAGACAAACGCAUCGAGAAACGCAAGACAGCUAUCUUCAAAUGCACACUGAAUCCCGUGUUCAACGAUUCGUUCUCGUUCAACGUACCCUGGGAGAAGAUCAGGGAGUGUUCCUUGGAUGUGCAGGUCAUGGACUUCGACAAUAUUGGUCGGAACGAGCUGAUUGGCAGAAUAUUGUUGGCCGGAAAAAAUGGUUCCGGCGCAACUGAAACGAAACACUGGCAGGACAUGAUAACAAAGCCGCGACAGACCAUAGUUCAAUGGCAUCGCCUCAAGCCCGAAUAAAUAAUUAUUGUUAUUUAAAAAAAAGUAAAGAAAAUUUUAACAAAAAAAGUUAAUACAAAAACGUCAUAAGACUGAGCGGUUAACAAAAAUAUUAAAGUACAGAAAAAAAUGAGAAUCUCUACUCUGUCUUCACUGGACUUUGACGAUAUA